AUGCUGUCCUGGCUCCUGCUCCUGGCCAAGCACAGCGGCACCUCGCUGGCGUCCGUGCGCCGCGCGCGCUGCGCCCCGCGGGUGCGCCAGAACUUCCACCCGGACUCCGAGGCCGCCAUCAACCGGCAGAUUAACCUGGAGCUCUACGCGUCCUACGUGUACUUGUCCAUGGCCUAUUACUUCUCCAGGGACGACGUGGCUCUGAACAACUUCGCUCGGUAUUUCCUCUGCCUGUCGCGGGAGGAGACCCAGCACGCGGAAAAGCUGAUGAGGCUGCAGAACCAGCGGGGAGGCAGGAUCCGCCUGCAGGACGUGAGGAAACCCGACAGGGACGACUGGGAGUGCGGGCUGAAGGCCAUGGAGUGCGCUCUGCUCUUGGAAAAGAACGUGAACCAGUCGUUGCUGGAACUGCACACUCUGGCCUCGGACAGAGGUGACCCUCAUUUGUGCGACUUCCUGGAAACCCACUAUCUAAAUGAGCAGGUCAAGUCUAUCAAAGAACUAGGUGACCACGUGCACAACUUGAUUAAGAUGGGGGCCCCAGAUUGUGGGCUGGCAGAGUACCUUUUUGACAAACAUACCCUUGGAAAUGAAAACAAACAGGACUAAGCCACGGGCUGACUUCCUCAUCACCCCAGGGGUGCCAGGACCCAGAGUCAGCUGUCUCCUUGCUUUCUUGCCCUUAAAAUGUCCUUCAACUUUUGUAUACUCUUCCUCCAAUAAAGUGAUUUGCAGA